CAUUUACCAUUUUCGUUUCUGUCAACGCAGAUCAAAUGAUCUCCAGCUUAAGGGUUACUGACAUCAAGGAAGUUGGCAAUGGGAGAGACGGGAGAUGAUGCUGGGCCAUCAGAGCAAGGACCUUCUAAUCAAACCUGGUGGCCUUCAGAAUUUGUGGAGAGAUUUGGUUCUGUUUAUCUGGGGUCGCAAGAAGAGACCUCUAGUACUAAAGACUCACCCAGAAAUCUUGGGCAAGAUGGGCUGCCAUCUACUACUGCCUCUAAUAUUCUCUGGAGUACUGGUUCACUUUCUGAGCCCAUCCCAAAUGGCUUCUACUCUGUGAUCCCGGAUAAUAGAUUGAAGCAACUAUUUAAUAGCAUUCCUACAUUGGAAGAUCUUCAUGCUCUGGGUGAGGAAGGUCUUAAGGCUGAUGUGAUUCUAGUUGAUUUUCAGAAAGAUAAGAAGCUUUUCAGGCAAAAGCAGUUGAUUACCAAACUUGUCAGUGGAUUGAACUCAAAGCCACCUACUAUUAUUAAGAAAAUUGCUGGACUGGUAGCAGAUGUUUAUAAGCAAUCAACUCUGCAGAGUCCGGCAAAAACUACGCAAUCAUUUGAAAACUGUGGUAUUCAACUGCUAGGACAGAUCAAGCAUGGUUCUUGUCGUCCUCGAGCAAUCUUGUUCAAAGUUUUAGCGGAUACCGUUGGUCUUCAAAGUAGGCUUGUAGUGGGUUUGCCAAGUGAUGGAGCUGCUGAGAGUGUGGACUCAUAUAGUCAUAUUUCUGUCACUGUUCUGCUGAAUUCUGUGGAAAUGCUGGUUGAUCUAAUGCGAUUUCCUGGCCAGCUUAUUCCUCUAUCAACCAAGGCAAUUUUUAUGAGUCAUAUCUCAGCGGCAGGGGAAAGUGAUUCUGCAGAGAAUGACUCUUGUGAUUCACCUUUGGAGCCAAACAGUCCCAUGUUUGGUUAUCCAGAGAGAAAUGACCCUGAAAAUGCAGAAAAAGAUGAAAACCUUUCGUUGCACAGGAAACUGGAUGGGUCUCCAAAUACAUCUGGUCCACCAUCAAGGAAUGUGCUGUUACGAUCUGCCUCUGCGCUAGAGAGGAAAUUAAGUUUCUCACAGAGCGAGUCAAACAUGGCUAACGAGUUUUGGCGGCAGAGCCGGAGAAAGGUCAUUGCUGAUCAGCGGACUGCUAGUUCCAGUCCCGAACAUCUUUCCUUCCGAGCCCGUACAAGGUCCAUGCUAAGUGGCGACAAGAACUUGGCACGAGAUUUCACCGGUGAUGUUGCCACAUCAAGCUGCAAAUCUGUUGGAGGAGCGAAAUUGGAAACUAAGAGAAUAAGGAGGAGAAGCAUCAGUAUAACUCCUGAGAUUGGCGAUGAUAUUGUCAGGGCAGUACGAGCGAUGAAUGAAGCCUUGAAGCAGAAUCGCCUCUCAAAAGAGCAAGGGGAUGAUGGUUCAUCUCCUAACUCUCCAAAUGACAGAACUGAGAGCUCUCAUCUCCAGAAAAAUGUCUCUGGUUUUCAUCUUGAUGCUCAUGACCAAGUUUCUGGUGGAAGGUCGACACUUUCAAGGGAACCACUAGAUCCGCAUAAGGCAAUCUCACUACCAUCUUCUCCCCAGAACUACCGAAGCCAAUAUGAACAGAGUGGAUCGUCACAUCGUAAUAUAAGCCAUAUCUGGGAUAAAGUUCUGGGAUCUCCCAUGUUCCAGAAUAAGCCAUUAUUACCAUAUGAAGAAUGGAACAUAGACUUCUCUGAGUUGACUGUUGGGACACGUGUCGGAAUUGGAUUUUUCGGAGAAGUAUUCCGUGGGAUCUGGAACGGGACAGACGUCGCGAUCAAAGUGUUCCUUGAGCAAGACCUUACAGCUGAGAACAUGGAGGACUUCUGCAAUGAGAUAUCAAUUCUUAGCCGACUUAGACAUCCCAAUGUUAUACUGUUCCUUGGAGCAUGCACAAAGCCUCCACGAUUAUCACUGAUCACUGAGUACAUGGAAAUGGGAUCUUUGUAUUAUUUGCUCCACAUGAGUGGACAAAAAAAGAGGUUAAGCUGGCGGAGGAAGCUAAAGAUGCUGCGUGACAUUUGCAGGGGCUUGAUGUGCAUACACCGGAUGGGGAUAGUACACCGUGAUAUAAAGAGCGCAAACUGUCUUUUGAGCAACAAAUGGACAGUCAAGAUAUGUGAUUUUGGGCUCUCGAGAAUAAUGACAGGCACAACAAUGAGAGACACAGUCUCAGCAGGAACUCCAGAGUGGAUGGCUCCUGAACUUAUCCGCAAUGAGCCCUUCUCGGAAAAGUGUGAUAUCUUCAGCUUAGGUGUAAUAAUGUGGGAACUCUGCACUUUAACCAGACCUUGGGAAGGAGUACCGCCUGAACGGGUUGUUUAUGCUAUUGCUUACGAGGGAGCUCGGCUUGAGAUUCCUGAAGGACCGCUGGGAAAGCUUAUUGCAGAUUGUUGGACAGAACCGGAACAAAGACCGAGUUGCAAUGAGAUACUCUCUCGUUUGCUGGAUUGCGAGUAUUCGCUUUGCUAACUUCUGUCAAUCAUUUUCCUUCUGUGAAUAUAAAACUUUGCAGCGA